UAAGAGCGGAUAGAGCAGAGAAGAACAACCAAGAAGAUUGUGCUACGGAACGUGAACCAAGUGUCGUUGAUAAAGCCAAGAAAUCCAUUAAAUCUUUUCUCCAGUACAAAACGUCCAAAGGAAAAGAAUGGAACUCUAAAGUGAAAGGUGGAAAAUCUAAAGCUGGUAGCAGUUCCAAAAAUGAACAGGAUGUUCUUAUUUUUAUACGACUUCUGGAAUGGAAUGAAAAGGAACGAAUUCUGAAAAUGAAGCGAGGAAAGAAAGUGGGAAUUCGUAUAUCAAGCACAGCAACUGCAGCUGUUCUUCGUGAAAAGGCAGAGGAAAAAUGGAAAGCCUACUACAGUAACUUGUAUGAUGCAGAUGAACACUACUUUCUUGUUUACGAGGAUGGUCAGAUCGUUAAAUUCUUGCCUGGAACUAAUGAACCAUUCUCGCUGAAACGAUAUCACGAGGAGUCCGGUAUUGAUUAUAACCGAAUCAACCUGUACCUUUGCACUAUGAAAGAUCAUAACCACAUGCUUAUGGGAGAUUGCGAUAGUGAUUCUGAAGAUGCAAGUCCUCCACGUAAGUGUGCUAAAUCUAACACCAAUUCUACAUCUGAAGUUGAUAAUCAAAUUAAAUUUGACGAAAAUCUUGCAAAACAAUUAGAAAGCCAGAUCGAUUGGGAAAGUGCGGACAAUGAAAAUUGUGUCACUGAGGCGUUACCAGACGUGUUCCCAGAUUUGUUACCAGUCGUCGAUGAAGUUAUAGUAAUGGAAGAUGACAAUACCCAAUUGAAUGCGGAUGAUUUUGAAACGCAAAUAAUCAAUGAUGCAUUAAUAACUGACAAAGAUUGCAUAAAAGAGUUGAACAAAAGAGUUGAUGCAACAGGUCAGUUUUUUAUAGUGGCUCGUAGAGGAUCAAAUCUUUCAAGGUGCCUCAAUUUAUGGCAACGUGAAUCAAAACGCAAUAAAGCUGACAAAACAUUAAGAGUUCAUUUUACUGGCGAAGAUGGAAUAGAUCGUGGAGCCAUGGCAAAAGAGUUCCUUCAAAAUGUUAUUACUGACAUGGGAAAUUCGAUCUUUCCUGAUGGUAGUCCCGUUGAUUCUACGCAUAAUGUACAGAAAGGAUAUUUUCAGAGUUGCGGAGAGGUCGUUGCAGUAAGCCUUGCCCAAGGAGGCCCACCCCCAUGUUUCUUACAUGAAUGUGUUUACAGAACAAUGGUGGAUGCUAAUACCGAUUUCAUGAGUUUGGACGACAACGACAUUACACCUGCGGAGAAGAUCCACUUAGAGAAUGUUGUAAGCGACCUUCGGAGCAAUUCAUCGGCUAUAAUAGAACACGGAUACACGGGUAAGAUUGAUCAGGAGCACAUCGGUGACAUUCGUAGAUCUAUUGUUGUUAGUAUUGUCAGCAAGCGACAAUUAUACUUAAGCCAAUUUAUGAAAGGACUUGAACUUUACGGACUUGCUGAAAUGAUGAAACAAAAUCCUGAAGCAUUCAAGCAAUAUUUCGUGAUGGGACAAGCACAACCAGUUGAUGCCAACUUCGUUUUUUCACUCAUGAAACCACGUUAUUCAGUUGAUGGCUCAACUCGAAAGGGAAUCGAGGAGCGUGUUAUGGAUCAUUUUCAAGAUUUCCUGAACUCAUUGGAAGAUAAUGAUGAAAAGGUAUCAGGCUAUUCUGAGGCAGUGUCGUGGAAUUAUGUCGAGAUAGAAGAAAGUUCGGAACCAUUUGCUGAACAAACAAAUGAAGAAUUUCAGGUGGCAGAGAUAACAGUUCCAGGGAUGUUGGGUUGGCUCACUGGUCAACGACAUCGACCGAUCAAUGGGGAUCCCUUAUCCAUUUAUGUCAAUUUCGACCAUGAUUGUCUGGUUCGUCAACCAAACCACACUAUCUGCUUUCCAUGUGUUGGUGCUUGCGGAAGGGAGCUAACCCUUCCGGUUAGUCACAUGGAAGAGGAAGAGAGUUUCAAAAAAGUCUUUACUACUGCUCUUUCUAAAGGGCAGGCUUUCGCAAGGCCAUAGUGCACGAUACGUAGAUGACAUAUGUUUUGGUUUAAAAAAAUUAUAAUAAGUUAUUGUUAUUGUUAUGAGACAGAAGUUAAACUUUAACUAAAAUAUAAUAUAAUUAUAUUACAGUAGAUGGUUAGGUUUUUAUCCAGUGGCGGCGCCAAGGGGGGAAUGCCUCCCCCAAAAUUAUUUUAUGCCCCCCCCCCCUAUUUUGCCCCCCCCCCCCCUUCCUCAAAUUUAUUAGUCACUGAGAGCGACUACAGGCUACACAAGCGUUUUGUCGUUAUCGGAAAAUGUAUGGCUAUAAAGUUGUCAUUAUUCAUUAGUAAAUGCGCGUAUACAGUUUCAAUAUGAGUCUGUAAACUUGCCAAUACUCCAAUAAUGCGUUUCAAAAUAGACAAAAAGUUUUAGUUUUGCAGAGUUAAAUUCUCAAACGUGUAAGGCACUAAUAAGAUACAUCGCAUAUAUGGGGGGCGAAUAUCCUAAAGGAGGGCGAUAUUCUUAGGAUAUUCCCACCACGGGGGGGGGGGGGUUCUGGGGGGCGAAAGUCCUAGCAGUACCUUUUUGAAAAUUCUAUCUUGCCCCCCAAAAUAUGAGUUUGCCCCUUAAAUGCCCCCCCCCCCAAAUUCUGAGGCCUGGCGCCGCCACUGUUUUUAUCUCUAUUACAACUUGCUAUCAUUGUACAGUAUAUUUAUGUAUGUAUUAGUUCACGAAUUAUCGAUGUUGCGUUGUGUUCGUGUUUAUAUGUUAUACAAACUUGUUAGGAAUUCAAAACUUUACGGCAAGAAUACUGAUUAUUGAUGAUGCAACGAACAGAGGAUUACAAAACUGUUUUUCCAGAUCAAUAUUUAGUAUUGAUUACACUUACUGGAUGAUAGCUUCAUAAUUAUCAUCAUGCUACCAUCGAAAAGAUGUGCGCACUCCCAUUCUGAAUACUAUAGGGUAUAUAAAUAUCAUCUUUGUCUUUGACUAACAAAAAUAUAUAUUAUUACAAAAUAAUUUUUAUAUACUAAGACAAGAAUAUGUUUGUAGUUGUUGCCAGUAGCGUAGCCAACCCGACGAUUUAGUACCGCUAUGCAAAUAUUUUCGUGUUCAAUGACUGUAAAAACAAUCAAUUUCUAAAGAAAUGAAUAAUGGUAAUAUUUUGAAUUUGCACAGCGGGACUAAAUUGUCGGGCUGGUUACGCCACUGGUUGUUGCCAUGGCGAACAAUUCUGUAAUUGUUGAAAUUGUUUGAGAUUAAGAUUUGAAUGCUACAGGUUGCUUUAUGUGUUUCCACUAAACAACCGUAGUCAUUGUUAAUGUGCACCGUUUCGUCAAUUAAUCAUACCCAUUAGCUGCUAUAUUCAUUAAUCUUCUGAACAUGUUCAAUGCUUCUUCCCAGUCUUCGGGGUGUGACAAAGAGAGAUUAUUUCUGACGUAUUCAAAGUAUUCUUGGUGAUCAUUUGCUAAUUCAUCUUCAAUUAUGUUCUCUGAAGCAAAUCCAAUUUCGGCUGCAGCUAAUUGAAAUAAAUAAUCUCUCGAUCCAUGAAGCUGUGGCAAAAAAUAAAGAGAAUCUGGUCGUCCUGGAAUGGUAUCGUGUCUUGAUUUCCGAAUUCUAUGGGAAUUCCAGUGCUCUUUCACUAAGUCUAGCUCAGUCUGUAAUAACUUGUGAAAACAAUACCAUAAACACUCCAUAUUUAUUUCGCAAGCUGUGUCCACAAUCCCCUGUGAUUCCAAGUCUUUGAAAAAAUUCCUCCACCACUGGCUGUGACUCCUGGCAUAGUACGCCCACCAUCCUUCGAUUCGUUGAUUUCUCGGAGAGGGUACGUAUCGAUGAGCCUCGGAGUUAUCACGGAAAUAUGACUGUAAAGCGGCUGCAUUUCCAUUUUCAGUUCCCAAAUCGGUCACUAAUUGUACUGGACAACCACCUUGUUCUAAAACAACUCCAGCAUAGAAAGAAGCUAUUUGAUUUGGCGAGUUGUUGGAACGAGUAACACGAAGCCACAAAAUUCUUCGACUGUAGCCGUCAAUCGCUCCGUGUAUUGGAAAACCCCAACAUUUAAGUUUAUCAUAACCGUCAAUAUGCCAUGAGUAAUUGGGGCCAGGAUUGUGGUAGGCUCGUCUUUUUAGACGAUGUCUUUUCCGAAGUUCCGCACCUUCAGGAUCCAUUUCCUUUAACAAAUCUUGAACAAUUACUCUAGGGACACGAAUCCCCUCUAGUUCAAGUGCAUGCCAUAUUGCACGGUACCCCAUGGAUGAGCCAGGCCCGUUAAUAAGUUCCGCUAUGCGCCUCUGCACUUGCAGAAAUGUGUUUUCAAAUGAAUCCUUGUUUGUUACACCUCUUCUCAUUAAACCAUAUUUCUUCAACCGCCGAAGAAGAGUGCUAUAACUUAUAGUACAAUGAUGCCGUUUAGCCAGAAACAAAAGAAUUUCUUCGUAGGUAAAUCCGCGAAAGAAAUAAUAUUUCAGAACUUCUUCCUCGCUGUCUUCAAAUGUAUCAUCAGUAAAAUCAGAAUUGUCAUCUGAACUCUCCAUGUUAGCUUCUGAAAAAAAAACAUCCGUAUGCUUAGUCAAUAAUUACAUUAUAACUUUUAUCCCUAUUUAACACUACACACUGUUAAAAUAAUCAAAUUUUUGGUUGUUUUAACCAAUAAAAUAUUGGUCAAAUAAGUGCAUCUGAAACAACCAAUUUAUAUUAGGAAAUGACAUCAAGAUAGUAUUAUUUUCACAAUUUAAUUGUUGUCUGAUAGAUCAAUGUGUUUUGUGCUAACUUUAAAACAUUUUUUAGUGGAAACUUGAAAAUCCUAUAAGUCAACCAGGUUACCAUUAAUCAUUACCGAAUAUCCUGCUGGCACAGAAAUAUCAAACAAGCAGGGCAGUACACAGCGGGGAUUGGGGGGGGGGGACGGCAAGAGGGGUAGUUGCCCCCCCUAGAGAAAACUAUAUUUACGAUUUUUAGAAUGACAUUAUUACUUAUUCUUUAGAUAUUUAGGACUUUUUUGGCAUAUGGGCCUUACGUACUGCCCCCUGGUGAAAAAAUCCUGCGUACGGCCCUGCAGACAAACAUUGACAAAGUUGUUAAUAUUCUCCUAUAUCAGUGUAUUUCUAAAUGAAUAUUGAUUUAUAAUUAUACUGUUUACCUUGUCCACAGCCAGUACAGUAGUUUGCGUUGUCGUCUAAAUCAAUCCCACAAUUGGUGCAAAACAUAGUACUCUCUACUAUUAUAUACAGAAAAGGAUGUUCAUGUAUUUGAAAACUAAUAUCAGGAAACCUUGUAAAAACGUAUGUCUUAAAACGUGAAGCAUACAGUAUGUGACCAUGCAGUUAUUGUCCAGAGAUACUGUACGAGUUCCCUUCACGUUGCUCAUUUUGUGUUAAUUUUAAUUUGAUGUGAGUGAAUUUUAAUUUGAUGUGAGCAAUUUUAAUUUGAUGUGAGUGAAUUUUAAUUUGAUGUGAGCAACUUUAAUUUGAUGUGAGCAAUUUUAAUUUGAUGUGAAUGGAUUUUAAUUUGAUGCGAGUGGAUUUUAAUUUGAUGUGAGUGAAUUUUAAUUUGAUGUGAGUGAAUUUUAAUUUAUGUGAGCAAUUUUAAUUUGAUGUGAGCAAUUUUAAUUUGAUGUGAGCAAUUUUUAUUUGGUUGAAGCUAAAUAUAUAGUGUGACAGUUGUGGGCCACCGUAAUUAGGACUCUCUUGCAGUUACAGAAACAACUGAAUUAACGAGUACUUUACAAUAGAUAAGAAUAUGUUAUAAAAUAGUACAUGGAUAUGCUUUAGAAUCUAGGCUAUUUACAAGAGUUAAAAUCAUUAGGCAUUUACCAAAAUAGUAAAUAGUGCAUGCAUAAUUAUUUACAAUUUUCAUAUAUAUUAAAAAAAAAUCUUAACAUAUUAAGAGUAUUUAAAUGUAAAAAAGGAUUGAGCUUUAAUUGUAGCAUAGCAUUGUCGUUUGUGUCGAAGUCAUUAGUUACACUCUAGUGUUCUAAUGAAACAAAGAAAUACGCUACGCUUCGCUACAAAUACGGUUGAAGUGGAAAACCGGCUAAGGUUUAGAGUUCAGGUUAAGGUUCAAAGGGAUAUGGCAAUAUAUUUUUUUAUUAUUUCAUUUUAAAGAACUUUUAAAAUUAUAUGUUAAUCUCCUUUACCGAUUUUGCGUAACUUUAUUAUUUCUUGAAAUAUUUUGACUUAAAAUAAUUUGAUGUCCGCCAUCUUGGAUUAAUUUUUAUCUCAUUAUCGGUGAUUUUAGUGACGUCAUAAGCAGGGUUAGCCAUAUAAAACUACAUCUAAAUGACCAAAUAACAUUAAGUCUUGUUUGAAAAUCGUCAGACAGCUUUUUAUUUCAAAUAGUUACUGAAGUAUAUGAUUUUGGGCUGGCAUAAUAACCAAUUGCUCUAUGGAUAAAAUUCUUGCGUGACCCUGCUUAUGAUGUCACAUGCAUAUCCGCCAAAAUCCAAGAUGGCGGAAAGCUCGCUGAUUUGUGAUUUUUUUCUGUUCAAAUAUCUCAAGAAAUAAUAAAGUUACGCAAAAUCGGUAAAAGAGAUUUACAUAUAAUUUUAAAAGUUCUUUAAAAUGAAAUAAUAAAACAAUAUAUUGCCGUAUCCCUUUCAAAGGUGGGUUAGUACUAAACCUGGGUUAAAAUUUAAUCUGCUGUUUUAGUUUGUAUAUUUCUGCACGUCUGUUUAUUUCAAAACGUCAGAGAAGUAAACUUCUAUCGAUCCAGACAAGAUCUCUGAAGAAAUAUUUCCAAAUUUAUAGACAACCCAGCUUUGAACAAUCGGCCCCGGAAAAACAACCUUUUCUGAAUUAACUGUAUAUGCAAAUUGUUAUACAAACAUUUAUAUCUGCCCCACUCUCCCCAAUUAAUGUUGUUUUCCCAAUCAGGACUCCAUAGCACAUCAAAUAGACCUUUCCGGUAAUUACGUCACAACUACAUUGUUUUCAACUUAAGACCACCUUAAAUCACGCUUAAAUGGAAUCAAGUUCAAGUUUUUUUCUCACUGGCUAUGCGUAAAGAAGCAGAACAUCCUUCUUUAACACAUGCAUGAUAAAAAAUUAUUACUUUGACCAGUAAAUGCGGGAAUAAGCUUUAACGCGAAAACAAGGCUCAGGGGCCACGGUCCCUCAGCCUCGUUUUCGUGUGAAAGCUUAGUCUCACUUUUAUUGGUCAAAAUAAAAUCUUUUCCAUGCAUGUGUUGAAGGAUGCUCGCUUCUUUGCGCAUAUAGCUGGUGAGAAAAAAAAAUUAAAAUCCAUUCCAUUUAAUUAAGGUGGUGCUAAGUUGAAAACAAUGUACCUGUAACGUAAUUACCGGAAAGGUCUAUUAAGAUGCUAACUGGGAUGUUCAAAUUAUAGCUAUUUGGGGCAUCUGUUCCAACACAUUUAAAAAUGAUUGUAGCUAGCCUUGAGGCAGUCUGUAUACUAGAGUUAAUUUUUCUUUUUAAUUUAACAGCUUUAUUUGGCAAGCAUGCAAAGAGCCACACACAUUAUUGUACAUAACUAGCACAUACUAACACAAGAAUAACAAUAUGUAAAAACGUACCAAAGAUGGAGAAGCACAAACGAGACUAGGUCUCAUGCAUGGUGUUCACAGUGUGUGGUGGACACACCGCUCUCGUUUCACAAUCUCAUUCAGGCUAACACUCAAACUCUUCACACUCUUAAGCACACGAAUUCCAACCUUCUCCUAUUCCUUGAAGCUCUGUACAUGUAUAUUAAAUACAGAAAGCCCGUGCUUAAUAAUGGAUUAAGAGCGUCUAAAGAACUCGUGGUCUUUUCUUAAGUAUCAUUGUAUGUCAAUAGUGUACCGUUUCUAAUACGUCAUCUCUUCCUGUUUAUUUGUAUAUAGUAUGAUAGCAAGUUUGUAAAUAGCUUAUUCUGGUUUGACAAUGACUUUGAAAUAGAGUCGAAAUAUCACCGCAAAAUUGUUAUCUUGUGUUAUAGCUCAUAUCUUGAGUUUACAAGAUGUUAUUCUUCGGAGUAUGUUUUUUCUUGUAUUUUAUUAAAUUGUCUGCUGGUAAUGGUUUUUAAGGGACAGUACGAUCAAAAUUUUUAUUUUCUUAAACGAAAGUGCUCGUAAAACUGUAUAAUAACUUGUUUUGAAGAUUUUAGUUCCCAUUCUUAGUUCGUGAGAUAUUUCAUUUUGUUUGUAACCAUGUGACGUCAUCUAUUCAAUUACAUAUAUAAUGAGAUAUCAGUAAUUGUUGUGUAUCUUUGCUAUUUUUAUCAAAAUAUUUGGAAAGAUGCGACGCGUUUGUUAAUUUAACCUACAUCAUUAAGCAUACUGUGUUUUUUAACAAACCGAUCAAAAAUAGCAAAGAUACACAACAAUUACUGAUAUCUCAUAAAAUAUGUAAUUGAGUAAAUGACGUCACAUGGUUACAACAAAAUAUCUCAAGAACUAAGCAUGGGAACCAAAAUCUUCAAAACAAGUUAUUAUACAGUUUUACGAGCAUUUUCGUUUAAGCUUUGGUUUAAGAGAAUAAAAAUUUUGAUCAUACUGCCCCUUUAAGGUAGCUAAAUGAUAUUAAAUAUAUUAUGUAUCUGCAUCAUCAUCCCCAACGUAAGCGUAAUACAAAAAGAAGAAAAUGAUUGAUAAGAUUGUCCCUCCUACGAGGCACGAAAUAACAAUUGGUUGCAAUAUAUCCAUGUGUGGUACGUCUGGGAUUUCAAUCGCUAGAGACAAUGCCACCAUGACGAUAUUUUCUACAAGGAGUAAAAUAUACCCCAAGAUGAAUUCGACUUCGGGUUCUUUGAUUUUAAUGACGGUUAGUGAAGAGUGAAAGAAAGAAGGACAGAGAGACAACCAUGAUUCACAUGUCCUUUUUGUAAAAAAAACAAUUACCACUAGAAGCAACAAAUGGAUUCCAACGAAAGUGAGUACGUGAAAUCUAAACGUGUAAGCGAAAAUAACGAUUGCAGAUAACCUUGAUAUUAGUGUAGAAAGUUGCCAAAUCAUGAACAAGACUUUAGCAGUGAAGUUGAAUUUUCGAUUUUCGUCAGUUUCUCUUGCUUCCUCGAGUGUCGUGAUACUCCAAGAUAAAGACACAAGAGACAACACACUUGAGAGUAUGGUGUACCAUGGGAAUUUCCACUGACGUAGCAUGAUGUAUGUCUGAAGACACCAUUGUGGAGCGGACUCUGUAAUUGUCUCUAGAUAACGUAACUUUGCAAGUGGGUAGAUAUGAGAAUCCGAUCUAAGCGCUUCGAUAUAACGAAAAACCAUGGACAACUGAAGAACGGCCGCUAGACAUGAGCACACGUUUAUUAGUUGAAAGAUCGCUGUUAUGUUUACUAUGAGAGAGGGAACAACGAUAAAGAAAACCGUCAUCCCAAACCACCAUAAUUCAUUAUUGUUCCAAUGCUGAAAACAAACAAUAAUGUCGAAUACCACGUCAACUAUGUACAAGACAAGGCCCGCGACCAAUAACAGUUUUCCUUCCAUGUUUCAAUUCUCCAAAGGGACUUUAAAAUAACGAAUUAUUUCACAUAAGGCAAGUGUACAAUGAGUGACCAUGGCAAUGAAAUCAGUCGCCAUAUUUGUGGUCAAAAACAGGUGGGAAUAUUGUCUGAGCAUGCGUAAACGCUUAGCAAGCACGUUACCUGGAAAUCGCGCGUGUAUUCUGCGAAACAGGAUGUUUUUACGCGCUGGUUAUUUGAAAGCAAAAUGUGAAUGACCUGCUGUUUGGGGCCACAAUUCACAACAAAAGUGAAUUAGCAUGAAAACAAUGUUGGAUACAUUAAGACUUAAUUUUUUUAUCGUUUGCCAAAUUUUGUAAUACAGAUUAUAUAUAGAGGAUAUUUCACGGUGGCACGGAAAUAUGACUUUUAUUUUCGAGUGGUGAAAACAAUAUUUUACGAACGAGCGCAGCGAGUGAGUAAAAUAUUGUUUUCAACACGAGAAAAUAAAAGUCAUAUUUCCAAAGCCACCGUGAAAUGUUCUUUUUAUUAUAUGAAUAAAAGUUGAAGCAAAAACAACAAAACGAAUGACUUUAUUAGUUUAUUCAAGUUUUGUUUUUUGUUUUGUAGCUCACC